AUGUGCAACUCGAGCGGCAGAGGUAUCGGCCGCGAGUGGUGUUGCUCUGCAUUUACCUCUUCUUUUGCAUGCCAAAGACAGGAAAUUCACAAAACCGCCGAUGCGCACAAUGUAUCUGGGCAACGAGGUCAGAAACCUGAGGGACAAGGGCGUGAUUUGAGGGGGCCUGAAGGAGUUUUUAUUUCAACAGAAAAUAUAUUUAUUCAUACAGAUUCUUUCGAGCUUGAGAUUUACGAGAUCAGAGAGGGUGUUGAGAGGUUGUUUCUGAGUAUGAGGAGCAGACAGUUUCUUUGA